AGAUCUAAAAAAUCGGUAUCGUCGAUAGGAAAUCAUAUGGUUUGCCAUCUCUAAUACUAAACAAUUUUGUAUUUAUUUUGCAAUAAACUCAAUUUUAUCGCAAAAUGUCCGAGCGCAAAGUGCUAAACAAAUACUAUCCCCCGGACUUCGAUCCGUCGAAGAUUCCGCGCAUGAAACUGGCCAAAAACCGGCAGUACACCGUACGACUGAUGGCUCCGUUUAACAUGCGCUGCAAGACCUGCGGGGAGUAUAUCUACAAGGGCAAGAAGUUUAAUGCCCGAAAGGAGGACGUGGAGAACGAGACGUACCUUGGAAUCCGCAUCUACAGGUUCUAUAUCAAGUGCACACGCUGCCUGCAGGAGAUCUCGUUCAAGACGGAUCCGCAGAACACUGACUACGAGAUUGAGGCGGGCGCCACCAGGAACUUUAUGGCCCUAAAGUUGGCCGAAGAGCAGGCGCGGCGGGAGGAGCAAGAGCUGCGCGAUGAGGAGGCCAACAACCCGAUGAAGCUUCUAGAGAACCGCACACAGCAGUCGCGCAACGAGAUCGAAAUGCUCGAGAGCUUGGAGGAGCUGCGAGACUUGAACCGGCGCCAGCAGACGGUGGACUAUACGACCAUGCUGCAGCAGUACAACACGGGCGAGACGGAGAGGGAGCGUCAGGAGCGGGAGGAGCGCGAGGACGAGGAGUUCAUCAAGUCUGUCAACUUUAAGAACAAAUCGGAGGGCGGCUCUCGUGUUGUGGCCGAGGAAAUUAUUGAAGAGGUCAAGGAGGAGAAGCCGGAGGUAGACCGAAUGCCUGCCCCACCGCUGGCUAAACAGGCCAAGUCCAGCACACUGAGUUUAUCCGUGUCCGCUUCAUCUAGCAAAGCUUCUGCCACGCAGCGGCCGCUGGUUAAAAGAAAGACCCCCUUAGUUCUGGUCAAACCAAAGGCGGCAGUAGUGACAACUAGGCAAUCCAACCCACCACAAACAGCUGGACAAGCUGAAAGUAAAAUCACAAAUCCUCCACCAUCAGCUCCAGCUGGUUUGUCCCUUUUGGCUGCCUACAGUGAUAGCUCCGAGGAUUCCAACUGACCAAGCAUUUACCUAAAGCAAUUUACAGAUAAUAAAAUUAAACUAACAGUAGUCAAAACUUGAA